AGGAAGAAAGGCAUCCUGUGUGGCUAGAGCUGGGGACUUGAGUGGAGCAGAUGAAGGGCUGAAGGGGAGAUUACACAGGGGUCUGACCGCUGCUGCUGCUGCCGUCUCUCUGCAGAUUGACAAUCAGCGCUCCCGCCUGCCUGCGUCCCUGAGUGAGGGCCGCCUGCGUGUGUUCCAGAGUGGGAUCCAGGGCGUGAUAGAGCUGGACUUUGGGCUGGUGGUCACCUAUGACUGGGAUGGCCAGCUGACGCUGAGCCUGCCCAAGCGCUUCCAGGACCAGGUGUGCGGGCUGUGUGGCAACUAUAACGGAGACCCUGCUGAUGACUUCCUCACGCCCGACUGGGACCAGGCUCCCAAUGCCUUGGAAUUUGCAAAUAGCUGGAAGCUGGAGGAUGGGGACGACCAGUGUGGUGACGGUUGCCACAGCACUUGUCCCUCCUGCACUGCAGGUCAGGUCCAGCACUAUAAGGGAGACCGCCUCUGUGGCAUGCUAACUCUGUCCACAGGCCCCUUCUCUGCCUGCCAUGAAUUCCUGGACCCUCAGCCUUUCCUAGAGGAGUGUGUGUUUGACCUGUGUGUGACUGGAGGAGAGCGGCUCAGCCUGUGCCGGAGCCUUAGAGCCUAUGCCCAGGCCUGUAUGGAACUGGGUGUCUCUCUUGGAAACUGGAGGUCACAGGCCAGCUGCCCCCUGUCCUGUCCAGCCAACAGCUGCUAUGAUCCUUGCAGCCCCGCCUGCCCAGCCUCCUGCAACUCAGAGGCCGCCCCGAGCAACUGCUCUGGGCGCCCUUGCGUGGAGGGCUGCGUGUGCCUUCCAGGCUUCGUGGCUAGUGGCGGUGAUUGCGUGCCUGUGUCAUCGUGUGGCUGCGCCUUCGAGGGCCGCCUGCUGGCUCCCGGUCAAGAAGUGUUCGCCGACGACCUAUGCAAGCGCCGCUGCACAUGUGAUGGAGCCACCCAGAAAGUGACCUGCAAGGACACAUCAGGGUGCCCUUCUGGGGAGCGCUGCAGAGUGCAGAAUGGCCUCCUGGGGUGCUACCCAGACAACUUUGCCAGCUGCCAGGCAUCAGGAGACCCGCACUACGUGAGCUUUGAUGGAAGGCGCUUUGACUUUAUGGGUACCUGCACAUACCUGCUGGUGGGCUCGUGUGGUCAGGACAACUCGCUGCCCGCCUUUAAGGUGCUGGUGGAAAAUGAACACCGAGGCAGCCAGACCGUGAGCUACACGAGGGCUGUGCGAGUGGUGGCCCACGGUGUGGAGGUGGCUGUGCGGAGGGAGCACCCCGGAAAAGUGCUGGUGGACGGCAUCUUUCAGCACCUGCCCUUCCAGGCUGCAGGUGGGCAGGUGCAGGUGUUCCGCCAGGGCAACGAUGCUGUCGUGCGCACAGACUUUGGCUUGACUGUUACCUACAACUGGGAUGCCCGUGUGACUGCCAAGGUGCCCAGCAGCUAUGCUAACGCUGUGUGUGGGCUCUGUGGGAACUUCAAUGGGGACCCAGCCGAUGACCUGGCUCUGAAGGGUGGAGGCCAAGCUAGCAGCGCACUGGAUUUUGGGAACAGCUGGCAGGAAGAGAUAAUUCCUGGGUGUGGAGCAACUAAUCCUGGUGACUGUCCCCAGCUGGACUCCCUUGUGACCCAGCAACUACAAAGCAAAAAAGAAUGUGGGAUCCUUGCUGAUCCUAAGGGUCCAUUCCGGGAGUGUCACAAGUUGCUGAACCCCCAGGGAGCUGUACGUGACUGUGUCUAUGACCUCUGCUUGCUGCCCGGUCAGUCUGGGCCACUGUGUGAUGCCUUGGCUACAUAUGCUGCUGCGUGCCAGGCUGCUGGCGGCACCGUGCAUCCCUGGAGGAGUGAGAAGCUCUGCC